CACGUAGUGGAGAAAUGAAACUUUACCUAACCUAACCUAUUAUUCGCGGGUCUUAGUGUUAAACGGGCUUUCGCGACCGGCUACUCAUGACCGGUAAAUCUGAGUAUAGAAUUAACGUGAUGAUUUAUUUUGGUAUUUACAUUCAUCAUACAACCUUAAGAGAAGCUUGUUUUAUGUAGCACAUUUAUUAAUCUUUGAAAGACAGAUAUUUUCUUUUGCCAUAUAUUUUGUGAUAAACAAUAUUAUCCAAGAAGUAUGAAAAUUAAAUGAAGAAGAACAAGAAAAGGAUAUUACUGUAGACUAUGACAGAGGAAAAGUAUACAAUAAUGCACAUGCCGCAUCAUGUACAACAAAAAUUGUGUCAAACUCGACCACCUUAUAGACAAGGAAGAAAGUUGACAUCAAUCAAGGUUUACACAAUUAAUGAUGAAUCGCAACAUUUGCUGAUAUGCGGGGUACCAAAAUUACAACUAGGAAAAGAAGUAGAGAAACUUGUUCACCCUUACGGAGCUGUGAAAGUAAUUCAGUUAGUAGACGAAUAUCCUUCUGAAGAAUUUACGGAGACAUAUCACGUACAUUAUGAACAUAUCCAGAGUGCAAGAAUAGCGAAACGUGUUAUAGACAAUAAAAAUUUCUUUGGUGGCCUUCUACAUAUUUUUUACACGCCUGAGUUAGAAACUCUAGCAGAAACAGAAGCAAAGUUGAUGCAACGCCGUAAGGAUGUAGCAGUACAAAUAAAAAGAAAUCAGCAAGAUUUGACGAACCCAGAAGUGGACAAAUUUAUUCCAAAAGAACAGUAUCAUAGAAAAAAGAGGACACCUGCUUUACCUCUCACUGAAGAACGACUCAAGCAUUGCUAUCCUGGAGAAACACUAACGUCUAUUUGCAAUGGAAUACCUAGGAGCAUAGAUCCACGUCCUGUGUCCGAACCCAGUUUACCAACCUGGAAUAGUGACUGCAGUGUAGCAUCCGGAUCGAAAUCAUUGCCAGCACCGUAUCAGCCAACUGAACCAGUGAUACAAUCAGCAGUCCAGCAGACAAAUAGAAAUGCAGAGUUGAACGAGCGGGAACGGAAGGGGAAAAAUUAUAAAGGACGGUACAUCAACAGAGAUGUAAAAGUUAAAAUUGUUUGGCCGCGACUUAUAGAUACCAGGAAUAUUCUGAAAUCAAAUACUGAGAAGACAACGAAUGUUUUCCGCAACGUAAAAAAAGUGGAGAGUGGAAUUACAGUCAAGUUAGUGAAAAAACUAAACAACGAGAAGAAAAUAAUUAUAAAAAAUCCAAAUGUCACGCGAUUAAUACAAUCCAGCGAAAGUCUUCAACAUUCAAUUCAGAUGGCAAAAUCUCAAGUUCGUUCAGCAAUGGAGAAAACUGAUGCUUAAAUAUUCAUUAGUAUGGUAGAAAUCAGAUUAAGUAGACAUAGAUAGGUCUAUUAUACAUUAAUUUAUUUAUGUCAAACUAAGCAUGUACAUAAAUGUAUAAUUGUAUUUGCAACUGACAAUGUAAAACAAGUUUAAUUAUUUCUAAUC